AGCACCAACACUACAUCCAACAGCUGGCCCUUUCAUCUACCCAUCUUCCACACCAUUUCACCUCAUUACAGACAUUUACAGGAUGGACAGAGCCUACCAGCAGCACGCAUGGGCAAUGCAGCCUCAAAUGCAUCCGCAAGACCGCAUCCCCGUAGCAACGGCCUAUACCGUCAUUCAAAGUGCGCAAGCCCGGUAUGAAUCGGCCAGGUCAUUCGAUGUGGACGAUGAUCUUGAGUUCAACCCUUGCCUGAGCCCAGAAGAGUACAGCGCCUGUUUUGCUGAAUCUUCCCUCUCAACGCGCUCCAACCGCAGUGAAUCCAAUUCACCUCCGCAGCAACAAUCCCUCCCGCACUCGGUGAUCGGGAUGAAUCCAUAUGCGCAACAGGCGCAGGUUGUGCAUCAGCAGCAUCAGGGAUUCGCCAAUCAAGCCGCUGCCAGCGGACGGCACCGGAAGCGCAAUCCUAUUCAGAUUGUGGACCCGCGCAAUUAUGCUGGUCAACAACAGCAACAACAAGCAUCGCAGCAGCAGGGCCAUGCUAACCAAUGGAGGUAAAGGCCUUAUAAAGCACUUACUUUUGUUGGCGCCAUCUGUAUGCUCUGCGAUGCCCCGUUAUGAUUGCUGCCACUUCCCACAUUGUAAAUUGAUGAUCCUGUACAGAGACAACUUCAAAAGACGACGAAACCAAUUUCCUUUUAGAGAGCGAGCGGCCAUUUCACAUCGAGCCUGGCUUUCAUGCACAUCACGCCAACACAGUAUCUGCUUUACCCUUCACCAUCUCAACCACAAACGACUGUCAUUAUCAUAUGUAUGAAAGGAAUGGAAGCAGCGCAAAAGAUCACAUUCACCAUCGUUCAUUUGCUUACCGUCUUCGCUCUGACUUUAACCACCUUUCUUGGAGCGUGCCAUUAUUUCUUGGAAUAUCUGUACCUAUCGUAGCUAUGAAGCACUUGAUUCAAGUCUGCC